AGAAAAAUCAAGAGAGAGAGAGGCUUCUGAUGGCGCUGAAAGUGCUUGCAGCUCUAGACUCGGCAAAGACACAGUAUUACCAUUUCAAGGCGAUCGUGGUGGCCGGAAUGGGGCUUUUCACCGACGCCUACGACUUCUUCUGCCUCCCUCCCAUCCUCAAACUGCUCGCCCGCAUUUACUACUCCGACCCCUACGUCCCCACCGUCGUCGCCUCCUCUAUGCUCGCCGCGGCCCUCCUCGGCGCCGCCAUUGGCCAGGUCGUCUUCGGCCACCUCGGGGACCGCAUCGGCCGCCGCCGCGUCUACGGCUUCUCUCUCCUCCUCAUGAUUUUCAGCUCCAUCUGGUGCGGUUUCUCCGCCUGCACCUCCCGAUCGUGCGUGCUGCUCACGCUAGGGUUCUUCCGAUUCGCGCUCGGCGUAGGCAUCGGCGGCGACUACCCGCUCUCCGCCACCAUCAUGUCGGAGUUCGCCAACCGCCACACGCGCGGGGCCUUCAUCGCGGCCGUUUUCUCGAUGCAGGGGUUCGGGAUCCUGGUGAGCUCGGCCGUCACCAUGGCGGUGUGCGCCGUGUUUGACCGCGCCACGGACGGAGAGACGCCGCAGGCAGCGGACUUGGCGUGGAGGCUCAUACUCGUGCUUGCGGCGGUGCCGGCGGGGCUCACCUAUUACUGGCGGAUGAUGAUGCCGGAAACUGCCAGGUUCACGGCGCUGGUGGAGAAAAACGUAGAGCAGGCGGUGAGGGACAUGCAGGGAGUUCUGGCCGUCUCCCUCGCCCAAAUCGCUGAAGAAGAAGAAGAAGAAGAAGAAGAAGAAGAAGAAGAAGAAGAAGAAGAAGAAGAAGAAGAAGAAGAAGAAGAAGAAGAAGAAGAAACCCCCUCCCGAAACCCCGAAUCCUACCCCCUCCUCUCCGGAGAGUUCUUCCACCGCCACGGCUGCGACCUCUUCGCCUGCGCAGCCGCGUGGUUCCUGGUGGACGUGGUGUUCUACAGCAUCAACCUCUUCCAAUCCAGCAUCUACCGCCACUUCCUCCCCAAGCACCACAUGAACGUCUUCCAAGAGGCCUUCCACGUCGCCAAGCUCCAAUCCAUCAUCGCCGUCUGCUCCACCAUCCCCGGCUACUUUGCCGCCGUCUACCUCAUCGACCGCGCUGGCCGGGUCAAGAUCCAGCUCACCGGCUUUUUCAUCAUGGCGUUAGGCCUCCUCGCUAUUGGAAUCCCUUACAAAUUCUGGCGCAACACCACCAACAUGGGCUUCAUGGUUCUAUACAGCUUGACCUUCUUCUUCGCCAACUUGGGCCCCAACACCACCACCUUCAUCGUCCCCGCCGAGCUUUUCCCUGCCAGGUUCCGGGCCACGUGCCAUGGGAUAUCCGGGGCUGCCGGGAAGCUGGGGGCGGUGGUGGGCUCCGUGGGGUUCUUGAGAGCUUCCACCACGGGGGAGGGGGAGGGGGAGGGGAUGACGGCGGCGCUGGUCAUCCUGGGAGGGAUUUGUGUGGUGGGGAUGGCGGUCACGUAUUUGCUCACCCCCGAGACCAUGGGGAGAUCAUUGGAGGAGAAUGAAUGUCAAAACGCUACUCUCUCCGCUCCUUAAUUAUUGCCUUACUAUGUUUUGUCUCCUACCUACUCUUUUCAGUUUUCAUCACAGCAUAUAUAAUACUACACUCAUUCAUUUAA